UGUUAUAUUUGGUACCUGUGAAUCAUUUUGAUUAUUUGACAGUUGCCGGUUUCGUUAUGAUAAAAUGUUUAGAAUAUCGUUUAAUACGGUAAAUUUACUAAAUGCGAGUUUAAAAUGGUGUAAUUUACCCCAAAAAGGGCGAAGAACAUUAAUACAGUUCGUCCCAAGGUUCACGCAGACAGCCUUUUAUUCUAAAGACGCACGCGAUGUGAAAUCUCCACUUGCAACGUUAAUCCAACAACAAAACCAGGAACAGAAGCAAGAAAUUCCACAACCUGAUGAUACCAAAACGGAGAAACAAAAAAAUAAAGAGAAAUCAUGGCGACACAUGAAAUACACUUUUAUAUUUUUUGCUGUUUCAUUAACAUGUGGUGGCUUUUAUUUAAUCACAGAAUUAGGUAGUCCUAAAUAUGAUGAUAAUGGUGAACUUAUUGUCGAUCAGUUCACUGAGUUGCCUGUUGUGAAACAAUAUAUUUUAAGAACACUAAGCGAGUUAGAUUAUUACAGCCAACUCAUUAAAGAACCAUCCCGCGAGAAAUUACUUCCAGACUUAAUAAAUCAUCCGAUGUAUCACCCGAAAUACACUUUAGUUUUAGAAUUUACUGAUGUUAUUGUUCAUCCUGAUUGGACUUAUAAAACAGGAUGGAGAUUUAAAAAACGUCCUGGAUUAGACAAUUUCUUGGAAAGUCUACAUGGAACUUACGAAGUUGUCAUUUACACCGCCGAGCAAGGAAUAACCGUUUAUCCAAUAAUCGACGCAUUAGAUCAAAGAAGCUUAAUAAACUACAAACUCGUUCGGGAUGCAACACUUUUUGUUGAUGGAAAACACGUUAAAGAUCUGGAUAAACUCAAUCGAGAUCUCUCAAAAGUAAUCGUCGUCGAUUGGAACGGCGAUUGCACCAAAUACCAUCGAGACAAUGUCCUAAAAGUUCCUCGAUGGAAUGGAAACGACGAUGAUACCGAUUUAUUAACGUUAUCGUCAUUUUUAUUGGCUAUUUCCCACAGUCAAAUUGACGACGUUCGGGAUGUUCUCAAAGUUUAUCAUCAAUUUGAUGACCCUUUGCUGGUUUAUAAAGAACGCCAAAAAAGACUUAUUGAACAAGCAGAAGCUGAAGCUGAACAAGAAAGAGAUAAAACCUCAGCUCAAUCGCCUAUUAGUCGUUGGCGACCAACGUUUUUCAAAAAAUUUUAAAUUUAAUUAUGUAUUCUCUUUUUUAAUUAAACAUAAUUGUUAAAAAAA